AUGGCGGAGGAAGUGAUAUUGUUGGACUUCUGGUCGAGCCUGUUCGGGAUAAGGGCCAGGAUUGCCCUGAGAGAGAAGGGCGUGGACUUUGAUAUGAGGGAGGAGGACCUUCUGAGCAACAAGAGCCCCCUGCUCUUGGAGACGAACCCGGUCCACAAGAAAAUCCCCGUCCUCAUCCACAAUGGCAAGUCGGUUUGCGAGUCCCUCGUCAUCGUCCAAUACAUCAACGAGACCUGGGGUCGCGAGUCCCCUCUCCUGCCUUCCGAUCCUUACCAGCGAGCACGGGCACGUGCCAGGUUCUGGGCUGACUACGUAGACAAGAUAUUUCCAGCGGGGAAAACGGCGAUGUUUUCGACGGGGGAGGCCCAGAAGGUGGUGAAGAAGGAGUACAUCGAGGGCUUAAAGGUGCUAGAGGGAGAGCUUGGGGACAAGGCAUACUUUGGAGGUGAGAGGUUUGGGUACGUGGAUGUGUCGUUGAUACUGUUCUAUAGCUGGUUAUAUGCUGUGGAGACACUGGCCAACUGUAGCAUCGGGGAUGAGUGCCCCGAGCUGGUGGGAUGGGCCAAGUGGUGCAUGCAGAGGAAGAGCGUGGCGAAGUCGUUGCCCGACCAGCACAAGGUCUAUGACUUCAUGUUGAAGGUCAGGAAGUAG